UACUUCGAUACUUUGGCGUUUCAGAGUGGAGUCUUGUGGAAGCGCUUGCAAUCUAUGGGUAUGGGCAGUUCAUUUGGAUACCAGUAUCGACACUCGAAAACUGACAUUUCUUCGGUGGCAAACCAGGUUCUUUGUAUCAUUCCCGUUCCCAUCCUACGCUGGGCACUGUGUGGCGUCGCUUUUGGGCUAUCAGGCUACUUCCUCGUAUCGAACGUUUAUCCAAUCCUAGCAACGACAGCUGUCGGGGUCUCGGAUGUGGUAUCCCACCCACCUCAAAAUCGAUCAUUCAUUCUUACUGACAUUUAUAUUACGGGCGACUUCUUACAGGCCGAAGCGAGAGCAACCCGAUUAUUGGUCAUCGUCUUGGUCCUUCUGCACGCUGGCCUGGCGUUUGCCUUUAAAUUGCAAUUCUUCAGCUACUAUGUCGUCGAGCCAAUCGGUGGUGCAGACCCUAUAGGUGGUAUGGAGCCUGUUGACACAGAACUAUAUCAUAGAAAGAGUACUAUCGCAUUCAGCGGGGGUUACCACGCCCCGCCACUAUCUGUGCCCCCCACCCUCCCACUGUGCUUGAGCCCCUCGUAUAGGAAGGCUCAGCGUAUAUAUAUGGCCACUUUCGCCGCCUUCUUUGAGCCCCCAACAUUCUCCCGUUUUUCGUACUCCAUACUGUGGGAUAUGCCUCCCAAGGAAAAGUCAACCAAGCAAGAGACUGUUGUGCCACUGACGAGUUUGGGCGAGACAGAUGGGCAUCUGGUCGAGGUGGAAGCGGUAACAUUCACAAAACCAAGGGCUCAGCAAGCCACUGCCGGAGGUCGUGGGGGUACGGGAAACGUCUUUCAUCAUGUCAUAGAGCCAGGCGUCUUCCAACGGGUUAUCGAGCACGAGACAGCUCGCAUCGUCGCCCACAAGGCCGAACAGCAAGCCGAUAAAGUCCUAAAACAAGAAGAAAUCAAGCUUAGUAAAUCUGCGACCCCAUAUGACGAUCUAUCUUCUAGCUCUCGACCCUCCACACGCCUACGCUCGGCAAGCACGUCCACCUUCGCUACCUCUGUUUCGGGCAGCAGUUCCAGUACUCCAUCCUCCGCUUCCUAUCACCGUCAUACCA